CUCAGACUCUCACACUCACUGUCCGCACCACCACCCAGCCUUCACCUGGAGGACGAGUCUGUGUCUGUGGACGCCGAUCAAAACUGACCAGCAGAUGUGAGCAAGUGAAAGAGGCGGAGAGAGAAAUCCCCCCCCCCGCUGCUCCGUCCCUCAUUGGGGAACAAUACAGAGCCUCCAGCUGGACGGGGGUCAGCUAUUGUCCCGCCACAACCCCCAAACGCCGUCCCCCAACUGACACGGAGACCUGCUGCUCCUGCCAGAGGAGACCACCGGCACUUUGCUUCAGUACUUGGACAGCUCCGUCGGCUGCAACAGGAGCCCAAUAAUGCAGCCGUCCUGCCCGGUCCAGCUUGGACCGGCUCUGUCGCUGGGGUCCGAGGGCGGCAGUGGUCAGCUGGAGGAGAAGCAGCUCUUCGAGAAGUUCUGGAAGGGGACGUUCAAGGCUGUGGCCAUGCCGAGACUGGAGAGCGUCAUCGUGGCCAGCAUCACUGCCAGCAGGAGGGUCACCGCGUCAAAGAUUACAGACGGUCAAACUCAGACGGACGAGAGGAAGGAAGCCGACCUGAGGGUGGGCGAGGCCAAGCUGAACGGCGUGGUCAGAGCUAAAGGACAGAAACACCGGCGACACCGGCGGGUCAGGAGCCUGUCCCCAGACGAAGACCUGACUCCGCGAUCCAAGGGAAAGAAGAAGAAGCGAAAGUCUCAGCGGAAGAGGAAGAGGCGAAGGUCUCCAUCCCGAAGCCUGUCACCGCUGAGGAAGAAGAAGAAGAAGAAGAAAAAGAGCACCAGGAAGAGCAGGAGGCACAGGUACUCCUCCAAGAAGUCAAAACACAGCUCUUCAAGUCUGAAACACAAGCGGAAGGAUGAGCGCCGGCACAAGAAAAGCUCUCGGACUCACUCCAGAAGGAAGCGACAGUAUCGGAGGUCAGACUCUUCUUCCAGCCAGUCGUCCACGGAGGACAGACAUUAUCAGCGGAGGUCAGUGGUCCACCAGAUUUUGGAGGACGACUACAGCUCGAUCAGGGAAGACAGCGAUGGAGCUCUCGACAUGAAGUGGAGACCUGCAAACAAAUCAGUGUGUAAAACGGCUCCCAAAUUUCGCUCCAUCCUCUCGUCAUGCAGUGUUUCGUCGUCGAGAGCAGGAAGCAAACCGUCAAGAGAGAAAGCUUCUCGGCAUCUGUUGAUCCAGAGCGAGGAGGGGCACGACUACGACUCUGGGAAUGACACUUGUUCGCCGCCGUCCAGCAAAGCUGGCAUUUCUUCAAAUGUUUCUGACGGCAAGACGGAUGUCUGUCGCCGCCUGACCUCGCCAGAGAAACUCACUGACAAUGUUUCAGACUCUGGAAACUCAGUGACCAGCUACGCCUCCUACUGCAAGGGCUAUGACAGCGUUUCCCCCUUCGCAGGCAAUGGAAAAAGUGACCAGUGCACAGCGGAAGUUGUGAGAACUUCAUCCAGCUACCAGGAAUCUUCUAGACGAAGUCCAGAGUCAAGGUCCAGGAGAAGCAGGUCGUCCAGGAGUUCGCGACAUUCCUUCACUGACUCUCGAAGUCCUUCUUUAUCAUCAUGCAGCACAUUCUCUCGGUCACCGAGUCACUCGCCUGACUGGAGGCGUCGAGGCAGCAUCAGCAGCAUGAGCUCCAGAGGAAGCUACUCGCGACAUAGUCCUGACAAAAAGGGAGGGCGGCAGCGAUCGCCGAGCACGAGGUCCACAAACAGAAAGCACAAGGGUCACAGGAAGAGGCGACGACACAGGUCUUACUCUCCCAUGAAGAAAAGGAGACGAGACUCACCCAGCCAUCUGGAGGCACGUCGGAUCACCAGCGCCCGGAAGCGGCCCGUCCCGUACUUUCGGCGGAGCCCAUCCUCCAACAGCCGCUGCUCGAGCGUGUCCUCCUGGAGCAGCCUGUUCACUCGCAGCCGGAGUCGCAGUCCGAUCCACGACCUCAGCCGAAGUCGCAGCCGCAGCAACUCCUCCUACAGAAGCUACAGCCGCAGCUCCUCCUGGAACUCCGUCUUCAGUCGCAGUCGGAGUCGAAGUUCGCUUGACAGGCGCCACAAGACGAGCCGACAUUAGGCUGCGCAGAGACUCUGCAGGACUCCUGGGUGAGGCCGCAGGAAGGAGAGAUGUUUUGGACCCGUCAGCUCACAGCCGGAGUGUUCGCUCUGCCCGUCCAGCUUCAUCAACGGCUCCAGACUGUUCAUCCACCUGGUUACCAUGGAAACUGAACAGUUAACUUGACUUGCUGCUAAAUUAUUGAUGUAAAUAGACCUUUGUAGAAAAUGACAUUAGAAAGUGAGAUAAAGCCUGCGCAACUAUGUGGUUAUUUAUUGUUUUUUUGUCUUGAAAUAUUUGCCAAAUCAGACUUUAGGGACGACCGUUCAUGUGUUGUCGGGCGAUGUCAUCCUGCGGUAUGUGCCAAGAUAUCGUUGGGUCUUUCCAUUCUUUACAGAGAAUCUAGCAAUUGCUAAUGCUAAUUCACAUAGUGUUCCACAAAGCAUCACUAAGCUAAUGGCUACAUUUGAACGCACAAUGUAUUCAUGAUUUCGCUGACCUAGUUUUUACAAGUGUCAGUUUCAAGCUCAUCUUGUUUAUGUGAGCUGGUGGACCAGAUUCCCACAGUUGGUCUCUGUUUGGGGCAGCUGGGUCCAAACCAGUCCAGUUUCUCUGUGAACACAGGCUAGCAAGGAAACUAGGUUCAUCCUGAGCCAGGUUAGACGCUAAAUAGCUGAAUGUGUGUUCUGUCCUGUGACUGACUGCAGUCCAGUCCAGGGUGUCCCUCGCUGCCCACGUAGCGGCUGGGAUUGGACCCUGUGUUAAUGUAAUAAUAUCAUGAUGAAUGUAGCCAUUAGCACAGUGGUGCUAUCCAGCUGUGGCUAGAUAGACUCUGACUAAACUGCAGUCAGCGCAGGUCAUUUUCAUGUCAAUGUACAUGGACGUCUCAGUUAUCCUGUGCAACGUGUAAAGACAUGAACGGCGGAGCUUGUUAGCAGAGCCGCGGUUAGCAUCGUUAACAUCGCGCCAUCUGACAUCCAGCAAACUGCCUGUCGGCUCAAAUGCCAAAUUAAUUUGUCCUCAGAUCAAGUGGAAAAAUGUCAGCUGAUACAGCAGAUUGAUGCCAGAGAUUUCCUGGUGGAGGUCCCAACAUUUAUGUGUGUGACUGGCAAUGAUGGUGCACGAUCUCUGAGGUCCAGAACUGUUCUCUUCUGUGUUCACCCCAAUGUGGUGGUCUCCCUUCACUCAUCCUCAUACUGUACUUGACAAAGAAAGGAAAUUCAACAUUUGCUGCACUGUUUUUGAAGUAACAAUGUUCUCAGUUCAUUUUUCUGUGUUUAAAUUAUUAAGUUAUUCGACCAUCUUGGUAAUGUUCCUAUGCAACUUUUUGUAGUUCUGUAAUGUUAUUUAUUUGUCGCUGUCUCUGUCUGUCUCAUAUGAUGAAAAUAUGUUUUGGAGGGCAGCUUUCUUGUGAACUAUUAAAGGGUUCAUGGUUAACGGAAGAACAACAUCAGGGAGAAACUGUGUGAUUAAAACACCAAAUAAAAUAUUUCUAUAUAAAAUCAGUACAAGAAAACAACACAUAUUAAUGAUAUAUAUGGAAAUAAGUUUUACUGUUGAAAAAUCCACAAAUAGACAUCUUAGAAAUAAUGAUUUGCAUUUAAAUAAAGUGUAAAUCUUUAAUAGUAGAGUAUAUGUUCAAUAAGAAGGGACUAUAUUUAAAAAUAAAUAGAUAAUAUAAUAAAUUAUAAAAUGAAAUGAUUGUAGGCAUAACUGAUAUUUUCCUUAAACAAUAGAGUAUUUCAGGAGCGAGUGUCCUGUGGAUAAUAAAAAUAUUUCCAGAAGCAGUUACCACGGGAGGCUGUUUCACGGUUGGUUAGAAGUCCCCCCUCUGCCACCAGGAUCUGGAGGUGUGCGCUCGGUCACGACUCCAGCGUGUCACCGCUCCGGGCCUGACAGUCUCCACUCUCUAUGCCCCGAACACUCACUCGAUUUCUGCCAACUGUCAAGUAAAUUGGAGGAAUUAGGGGGAAAUCUGACACCGGAGUCGUCCAGGAGAGUCGGAUGAUGAUGUCUCUUGUCACCGCGUGUUCUGAGCCAGCGGUCGCCAUGACGAUCACCUUCCUGUGUGGGCCGCUCCGGCCCGACUCUCAGAGGGAAGCGUGCUGUAAAUAGGCCAAUGUACAGACUACUUCACUUGAAUGUGGCUUUGACUCUUUGACUUUCGUCGCUGAGUGUCAAAUCAAACUUUUAUUUCACACCUGGUGUCCAUCUGUAUCUCCUCAUGAUGUUCCUCAAUA